AUGACUGUUAAAGAAACUGUUGCAAGGUUAUACUUUUCUAAUGGUACUAUACUCUAUAUUCGUGUCUUAAUUAAUCAUAUUCGUCAUACUGGCGAGAAUCGAAAGAUAUCUAACGAUAAUGAAAGAAUUUCUAACAAACGUAUUGCUAAGGAGAAGAAUAGUGAAGAGAGGCCUGGCAAGAAACGGAUGAGGAUAUCUGAUGAUAGCGUUAAUGAUUCUUCAUACGCUGGAGGUAUAUUUGACCUUGAAGUUCAUUUCCCUGGAGAUUAUCCGUUCAGACCACUAAAGGUGGUGUUUAAAACACGAGUUUACCAUCCGAAUAUCGACAUUAAAGGAAAUGUAGGCCUGGAUAUUCUAAGAGAACAAUGGUCAUCAGCGCUUAAUAUUACAGCAGUAUUAUUAUCAAUUAGUUCAUUGUUGACUGAUCCAAAUCCAGAGGUUCCGCUUUGUUCCUGA